GCCAGGGGAAGUCCUGUGUGGCUGGAACAUAGCGUGUGUGUGUUGUGGGGGGGUCAACAAGAACAAUAAGAAUUAUUCCCUCGACUUCCUGAGAGUGUGCCCCUCCCCCUGACUGCACCUUCCAUCUUUCUAGAAUCUCAGUGCCGGGAAGCUGGAUCCUGGAUCCCCUGAGAGGAGUGAAGAUGCUGAGGAACCAUGGUAUGCAUCUUGCCAGCGUGGUCAGUUCCUGCUCCCUCCUACUGCUGUUGGGGGCCCUGCCUGGAUGGGCGGCCAGCGAUGACCCCCUUGAGAAGGUCAUUGAAGGGAUCAACAGGGGGCUGAGCAAUGCAGAGAGAGAGGUGGGCAAGGCCCUGGAAGGCAUCAAUAACGGAAUCACUCAAGCUGGAAGGGAAGUGGAAAAAGUUUUUAAUGGACUGAGCAGCAUGGGGAACCAGGCCGGCAAGGAGCUGGAAAAGGGGCUCAACCACGGCUUGGACAAGGUAUCCCAUGGGAUCAACAGUGGCGCCGGACAAGCAGGAAAGGAAGCAGAGAAGCUAAUCCAUGGGGUCAACAACGCUGCUGGACAGGUUGGGAAGGAGGCAGACAAAGUGAUUCAGGGGGCCCAUCAUGGGAUCAACCAGGCGGGAAGUGAGGCAGGGAGGUUUGGCCAGGGGAUCCACCAUGCUGCUGGGCAGGCUGGGAGUGAAGCAGGAAGGUUUGGCCAGGGGAUCCACCAUGCUGCUGGGCAGGCUGGGAGUGAGGCAGGGAGGUUUGGCCAGGGGAUCCACCAUGCUGCUGGGCAGGCUGGGAACGAGGCAGGGAGGUUUGGCCAGGGGAUCCACCAUGGGAUUGAUGAGGCCUGGAAGGAGGCUGAGAAGUUUGGUCAUGGGAUCCACCAUGCUGCAGGGCAGGCAGGGAACGAGGCAGAGAAGUUUGGCCACGGGGUUCAUCAUGGGAUUAAUGAGGCCUGGAAGGAGGCUGAGAAGUUUGGUGAGGGGGUCCACCAUGCUGCUGGGCAGGCUGGGAAAGAUGGAGGAAAAAUAGUCCAAGGGGUCCAUCAUGGAGUUAACCAGGCUGGGAAGGAUGUGGAGCGGCUUGGCCAGGAUGUUUAUUAUGCCUCAGGACAGGCUGGAAAAGAGGGAGACAAAAUAGUCCAAGGUGUCCAUCCUGGGGUCAACCAGGCUGGGAAGGAGGCAGAGCAGUUUGGCCAAGGGGUCCACCAUGGGGUUAAUGAGGCCUGGAAGGAGGCUGAGAAGUUUGGUCAGGGGGUCCACCAUGCUGCAGGGCAGGCUGGGAAGGAGGGGGACAGAGUGAUCCCAGGGGUCCACAAUGGAGUCAACCAGGCUGGGAAGCCUGUGGAGCAUUUUGGCCAGGGAGUUCACCAUGCCGUUGAACAGGCCGGAAAGGAGGCAGACAAAGUAGUCCAAGGGAUCCACGAUGGGGUCAACCAGGCCGGGAAGGAGGCAGAGAAAUUUGGCCAAGGGGUCAACCACGCUGCUGGCCAGGCUGGAAAGGAAGCGGAGAAACUUGGCCAAGGUGUCCACCAUGCUGCUGGCCAGGCCGGGAAGGAGGUGGACAGGUUGCAGCAGAAUGUUCAUUAUGGGGUCAACCAGGACGGCAAGGAGGCCAACCAGCUGCUGAAUGGCGGUCGCCCAGGCGUAUCCACCGGCCAUCACGGAGGGGGCGCAACCACUACCUUAACAUCUGGAGCUUCGGUCAACAAGCCCUUCAUCAGCUUUCCAGCUCUGUGGAGGAGCAUCACCAACAUCAUUCCUUAAACUGAUGCACUGGCCUUGCUGAGCAGACUGGCUUUCUGGUUGUCAUAUCAGCUGAAAUGACUUGGAG